AUGACUUCUCCAAUCUGUCCAUCUCAUCCAUUCAGUGUUUGGAAAAAUAAAUACAUAAUGAAUUUAAUAUUUAACAAAAUUCAUCAAAUUCACAACAACAACAACAACAACAAUAUCAUUAUAUUAGACAAUGGUGAAACAGAGAAAAGAAAAUUUAAAGAUUGGGAAAAUGGAGAUUUAAUGUGUUAUUAUGGUCAUUUUGGAUUGUUAAAAGAUAAAAUUAUAUUCAAUCAAACUAGUUUACUGAAAAAAUCAAUCAUCAUUUCCUUUUUUUCAAUCGAACUGAUUUGUUCAUCAACUUUAAUAGAAUCUACUAUUUUCUCAUUUUUGUAUUCAAACUAUCAAAAACUAUUUUGUAACUCAAACUUAUUGAGGUGUGCAAUUAAAUCUGGAAAUUCUAUUAUUAUCCAAACCUUACUUGACCAAAUCACACCAUGCAUCCUCCAAGUUGACAGUGGAAUACUAGAAUACUCAUUCCAACUACCCUCUUCACCACAAAUAAUUCAAUUGGUCUAUGAACACAUGUGGAAAGGAAAAUUGACAAACAAUAUUAAUAGAGAGUCAAUUGGAAUUUAUGCAAUCAAGUCUGGAUGCUAUAGAUUGAUAAAAUUGGCUCAAAAUUUACUUCCAAUCAAUAUAUCGUCGCUCUUGAAAUCAAACCUAAAGUUUUCAAACCAACAAGGGAUUACCCUCUUUGUUCAAUUUUUAAAAUCUUCAUCACCAAUUAAAUAUAUUACAUCCAUUCUAUCAAACAUUUUUAAUUUUGAAAUAGAUAAAGAAAUUCAAGAAAAAUCAUUUCAAAUCAUUUCCAGCAUUAUAAAAACAACACCUCUUGUCAAUCACAAUCUAUUUGUUGUCUCUUUUUCUUUUAUUUUAAAUAAUCAACUAAUAAUAUCAGAAAAGCAAGAAAACCAUUCAAUAUUGGGUCAAGACAAUGGAAAUAAAGAAAUUCAAACUCUAGAAUUGAUAAAUCUUUGGCAAGCAGGAUGGAUUUCAAUUUAUAUAAGAAGAGCAUCAUUUGGACAAGAAGAAGAAGAGGAAGAUGACAUUUUCAACCAAGAUGAUCCAUCUCAAGUUAGAAUAUCAAACAAAGGAUUUUUAAUUGCUUUUAAAAAUCAAAAAAAAGAUAAUAAUAUGAUCCAGUUUAUUUACAAACAUAGACCAUUUUUAUUACCAUCAUUCCAUUCAGACAAGGAUAGUAGAUCUUUUCUUUUAAUGUAA